CCAGCCCACCCGGAAGCAGGUUUCAUGGCAGCGGCAAAGAGAACAGAUGUGGGGCUGUUGGUGGGGGCCGUGGAUCAGGGCACCAGCUCGACGCGCUUCUUGGUUUUCGACUCCAAGACAGCCGAACUCCUCUGCCACCAUCAGGUGGAAAUACGGCAGGAGUUCCCGAAAGAAGGAUGGGUGGAGGAAAACCCUAAGGAGAUCCUGCUGUCCGUGUACGAGUGCAUAGAGAAAGCAUGCGAGAAGCUCCAACGGCUCAACAUCGACAUUUCCAACGUCAAGGCCAUCGGCAUCACCAACCAGCGGGAGACCACCGUCGUCUGGGACAAGGUCACGGGGGAGCCGCUCUACAACGCGGUCGUGUGGCUGGACCUCAGGACCCAGUCUACCGUUGAGACGCUCGGCAAGAGGAUUCCAGGCAACAACAACUUCGUCAAGGCCAAGACGGGCCUUCCCCUGAGCACUUACUUCAGCGCCGUGAAGGUGCGCUGGCUGCUGGACAACGUGAGGGGCGUCCAGCAGGCCGCCGAGGAGGGGCGGGCUCUCUUCGGGACCAUCGACUCCUGGCUCAUCUGGAACCUGACGGGCGGCGCCGAGGGAGGCGUGCACUGCACGGACGUGACCAACGCGAGCCGGACGAUGCUGUUCAACAUCCACUCCUUGGAGUGGGACAAAGAGCUCUGCGAGUUUUUCGCGAUCCCCAUGAGCCUGCUGCCAAACGUGCGGAGCUGCUCGGAGAUCUACGGCUUGAUGAAAAGGGGGGCCUUGGGCGGGGUGCCCAUCUCCGGGUGCCUGGGCGACCAGUCCGCGGCGCUGGUGGGGCAGAUGUGCUUCCAGGACGGGCAGGCCAAGAACACGUACGGGACGGGCUGCUUCCUGCUGUGUAACACCGGCCGCAAGUGCGUGUUUUCGGAGCACGGCCUGCUGACCACGGUGGGCUACAAGCUCGGCCGAGACCAGCCCGUGUGCUACGCCCUGGAGGGCUCGGUGGCCAUCGCGGGCGCCCUGGUGCGCUGGCUGCGGGACAACCUGGGCAUCAUCAAGAGCUCGGAGGAAAUCGAGAAGCUCGCUAAGGAAGUGGGCACGUCUUACGGCUGCUACUUCAUCCCCGCCUUCUCGGGGCUGUACGCGCCUUACUGGGACCCCAGCGCCAGGGGCAUCAUCUGCGGGCUCACCCAGUUCACCAACAAGUGCCACCUUGCUUUUGCGGCCUUGGAAGCGGUCUGCUUCCAAACCCGAGAGAUUUUGGACGCCAUGAACCGCGACUGCGGGAUCCCGCUCAGCCACCUGCAGGUGGACGGCGGGAUGACCAACAACAAGGUGCUCAUGCAGCUGCAAGCGGACAUCCUGUGCAUCCCCGUCGUGAAGCCCUCCAUGCCCGAAAUAACGGCCCUGGGCGCCGCCAUGGCCGCGGGGGCCGCCGAAGGAGUUGGGGUCUGGAGCCUGGACCCCGAGGAUCUGUCAGCCUUCAUCGUGGAGAGGUUUGAACCCCAGAUCAAUGCCGAGGAGAGUGAAGUUCGUUAUUCCAUCUGGAAGAAAGCUGUGAUGAAGUCGAUGGGUUGGGUGACCACGGAGUCUUCAGAAAGUGGUGACCCGAGCAUCUUCAGCAGCCUGCCCUUGGGCUUUUUUGUAGUGAGUAGCAUGGUCAUGCUCAUCGGGGCGAGGUACAUCUCGGGGAUCCCGUAAAUGAGACCAGGCCGCGGAUUCCAACAGUGCCGGCUCUUCGUCUAAGGAGAGACUCCAGCGAUGCUGCCUCGACAUAGGAUGACCACCAUUCAUAGACUCUGAUUUUAUUUAUAAGCCACUUGCUGCAUGACCCCCAAAGUACACCUGUGGCUCAAAAUAAAGAAUAUCCAGCAGAAAGGGGGAAAAAAAAAAUCACAUUGGUGUUUCUGACUAGUUUUUAAAGUUCUCCAUAAUUUUCUU